AUGGCAUCACAAAGGAAAAUUACUGAAAUUCAAGCUUUUGACAUAGAGACUGCUGAGGAUUCUGGAAUUAUGCCAAAAGCUGCACAUGAGUUUGCUUGUCGUCAAGUUGGUGGACCACUUAACCUCGGCUACACUUGUCGUGACCAAAAGAAUCAUUUGCGAAGCAAGCGGCAGCGGGAGUUAGCUUUUGGACAGGCCGGUACUAUGUUGAAGUAUUUCCAUGACAAAAUUGUUGAGAACCCAUCUUUCCAAUAUGCUUUGCAGUUGGAUUGUGAAGAGCAUAUAACCAACAUAUUCUGGGCUGAUGCUAAAAUGGUUCUUGACUAUGCACACUUUGGUGAUGUCGUGACAUUUGAUACUACUUUUGGCACAAACAAAGAAUAUAGGCCAUUUGGUAUCUUUCUUGGGCUCAAUCAGUUCAGAGAAAUCACCAUUUUUGGAGCUGCACUACUAUUUGAUGAAACAUGUGACUCAUUUACAUGGCUUUUUGAGACUUUUCUUGCUACACAUAAUGGAAGACAACCUAGAACUAUUUAUACAGAUCAAGAUGUAGCAAUGGGAAAAGCUAUAGGGAAAGUCUUUACGGAAUCGUAUCAUGGAUUGUGCACCUUUCAUAUAAUGCAGAAUGCUGUCAAACAUUUAUGUCCAGUGAAGGGUGAAGGGAAAGAUGAAGGGAAAGAGAAAGAUGAGGGAGGAGAUGAAGAUGAAGAGUCUCAUAUCCUCACUGAUUUUAGUGAUUGUAUGUAUGGCUAUGAGGAAAAAGAAGAAUUUGAAGAAGCAUUUGACAAUAUGAGGCAAAAAGUGCAGAAGCAAACUUGGUUAGAUAGCAUCUACAAGUUGAAAGAAAAAUGGGCUGAAUGUUAUAUGAGAGAUGUGUUCAGUUUGGGAGUGAGAAGUACACAACUUAGUGAGAGCUUCAAUAAUUCAUUGAAAAACCAUCUAAAAUCAUAUUUCCAUAUUGUUCGGUUCUUGAUGCAUUUUGAGAGGACAAUGGAGGUAAAAAGAAGAGCAGAAUUGCAAUCUGAAUUUGAGUCAAGGAAGAAGUUACCAAGAAUCAAGAUGCACACACCUAUGUUGGUGCUAGCAAGCAAAGAGUACACUCCAAUUAUUUUUGAAGCUUUCCAAAGUGAAUAUGAAAGAUCCAUGGCUGCAUGCACUAGAGUAUUAGAUGGAAACUACAAAUUUGCUAUUGCUAUUGGGAGUUUGCAUGGUGAUUUAAAGUUUGAGGAGGAGCGCAUAGUGACAGGUGAUCCUUUGACAAACAGUUUCUUGUAG